AUGAUGCGGCGGGCAAGGGGGCCCAACAGCCAAAAGCGGGGCGGGCGCGGAGGCGGAAGGGGUGGCGGAAGGGGCGGAGGGAGAGGCGGAAGGGGCGGAGGGGGAGGCGGAAGGGGCGGCGGGGGAGGCGGAGGGGGAGGGGGGGGAGGCGGAGGGGAGCAGAAAUGGUGGGAUCCGGCGUGGCGCGCGGAGCGAUUAGCGGCGAUGGCGAAGGAGAGAGGCCCGGCAAAGAAAGUGGACGGCGCAGCAUGGGCGGCACGGUUUCGGAAGCUAGCAGCAGGGGGUGGUGCAGCGGGGAACGGUGCGGUGGAAAACGGGGCAAUGGGGAACGGUGCGGUGGGGAGCGGUGCGAUGGGAAACGGUGCGGUGGGGAGCGGUGCAGUAGGGUAUGGAGCAGUGGGGGCAGCAGCAGGCGUGCAGCAAGGGGUUAGUUUUCCAGAGGAGAUAGUGAUUAGAGAGAAUUAUGGGAAGGAGGGAACGGAUCACUUGCAACGACUGGCAGAGCAAGCAGGGCUGUACUUCCAGGCGUAUGGGAAGGGCACUGGAACCGUUGCAGUGGCCAGCAGGGUGCCUCUUCCCAGCUACCGCGCGGACUUGGACAACAAGCACGGGCGGUCGGAGCGACAGAUCACUGUGUCUCAUGACCUUCAUCAACACGUCUCCAGCCUCCUCGCUCCUUCCUCCUCCUCCGUUGCCCCUGGAGCAACCACACCAGCAGCAGCAGCAGCACCAUCAGCGGUAGCAGCAGGAGCACAGGGAGCGGGUCUCCUCCCAAUCCCUGCACUGUCGUCCCAGGCCUCUGCAGCAGCUGAAUCAGCAGCAGCACAUGCACUUAGAGUGAAGAACGAUGCAUUGAGAGCCGAGCAGAACAGAAGGAAGUCCUCCCGAGUAGUCCAGGCCAUGAUGGCCCAGAGGCAGCGACUACCGGCCUUCAAGCAGCGGGAGGAGCUGCUGCGAGCUGUGCAGCAGAGCCAGGUGCUGGUGGUUUCAGGUGAGACUGGGUGUGGCAAGACCACCCAGCUGCCUCAAUUCAUCUUGGAAAGCGAAAUCGAGGCAGGAAAGGGAGCGCAGACGAUGAUAAUCUGCACGCAGCCCCGGCGGAUAUCAGCCACGUCUGUGGCAGCGAGAGUGGCGGCGGAGCGGGGCGAGGAGGUGGGGGGAAGCGUGGGAUAUCAGAUUCGGAUGGAGAGCCGGCGCGGGCCCAACACGAGACUGCUGUUCUGCACGACAGGCGUGCUGCUGAGACGACUGGUGAGUGCUGCUGAGACGACUGGUGAGUGCUUGGGGAGUGCAUGGGAAGGAAGCAAUUAG